AUGACGAAUAAAAAUGAAAUUUUAGAAAUUGAAAAAUUAAGAAACAAAAUAUUAAGUAAAAAAGUAAAAUAUGAUUAUUCUUUUAUAAUACAUUUCAUUUUAUUAUUUAUCCAUUUAUUUUUAUAUGUAAAGGUAAUGAGCAUUUAUUAUGCUUAUAAUAAUGAUUAUUCUAUUAAUUGUUUUAAUCAAACCUUUUCUUAUUUUUUACAAUGUAAUUAUGCAAGUUCAAAGGACAUAGAAACUAUUCAAGAUAAUUUAUUAAAUAUAAAUAACAUGUGUAAUUAUGAAAAAAAAGAUUAUCUGAAAUAUAAUACAGAUUAUUUCAAAAUUAGAUUACUGUUUUAUAAUAAAAAUGUUAACACGUAUAUAGAUUAUGUGAUAAUAUUUACCAAAUUAUUUAAUUCUAAUAUUUUGAAAAAACAAACAAAAAUAAGUAUUACUCAUUAUUAUUUCUGGGGUGAAUGGGUUUUUUAUGUUUUAUUUAAUAUAUUUACAUUUACAAUAAUAUAUAAAGAAUGGAAAAACAAAAAGAUAAAAAUUAAUGUAUUUCAUAUAUGUAUAGUAAUUUUUAUUAACUUAAAUAUUCUAUAUGAACAAUUUAUCAACUCAAUUAUGAAUGAUUCUAUUCAUGAAAAGACUCUAGAAUUGUUAAUGUAUAUAUACUAUCUUUUUAUAAUUAUUAAUAUAUUUGAGAGUUUUUCAAAAUUCUGCAAAAUAUUUACAUUUCCGACAAAAAUAGUUAUACAAACAAUAAAAUACAAUUAUAUACUAAUAAUAUUUCUUUUUAGUUUUUUAAUUUUAAUAGUUAUAAAUUACUUUUCAAAAGAUGAAAAAUUUAAUAAUUAUUUUAAUUCAAUAUAUACUUUUUCAGAUAAUUCAAAAUAUAAAAAUGAAUUUAUUUAUAAUUUCUUUUUUAUAUUAAUUUAUAAUUUAUUUUUUAUACCUAUGAUUGUCAUUAUAUCAACGGCAACUACGUUUCUAAUGAUACAUAAACAUCAUAAUAUUUUCAAUUUGAAGAUAAGAAAAAGCGCCCUUUGGAUUCAGCUAAAAAGAUACCUCUUUUUCCUGAAUGAAAAAAAUAAUAAAAUAAUGAGUGAUGAUUUAGAAAAAGAAGAAGCUGACAUAGAAGAUAAAAAAUAUAUAAAGAAAAUAGAAAUUUUAAAGAUAGUCAUUAUAUUUGUUUUUUUUAUUUUUUUAAUUUUAUUUGUGAUAAAAAUAUUUCUUGAUCGUGAUUCUAUGAUUCAUAUUAACGCGACUUAUUCUCAAUUAUUAGAAGAACCAUUUAUAACAAAAACUAAUUUGGAAAAAUCUUUCGAUACAUUUACAUACUCUUCUGAGCAUAUGGACUUUUUAAAUUCAAUUGUAAUAAAUAAUAUAAUGAGAAAUAAAAAAAAUCUAGAAAAUAAAAGAUUAUUUGAAAUUCAAUCAGAUUUGAGAGGAUGUGAUAUAUUUAUUUAUGAAAAUUUUUUUCAUAUUUUUCCCUAUGAUUUAUAUAUAAAACUAAGUGAUGGCAAAAUAGUAUCAGAAGAAAUAGCAAUAGAUAACCCUUUAAUAUCAAAUGUAUCUAAUAUAAAUAAUGGAGAAUUAGAGAAGUAUUCAAGUAAAUUUGAUAAUAAUAAUGAAAUGAUAAAAUACUAUGAAUCAUAUUCUAUAUUGUAUAAUUUUGAAUAUAGUAUAUUUCUAUUAAUAAAUAUUUCCUUUAAUAUACAAAAUUAUGGACAAUUUAAAAAGAAAAAAGAAAUAUUUGUUCAACAAGUGCAAGAAUAUGAUAAUAAAACAAGCAAUAGUAAAUUAGUAAUUUUGAUUUUUCUUUUAAUUAUAACAAUAACUUACUUUAUUUUAAUGACGUUUCUUCUAUAUUAUAUAAAAAAAAGGUUCUUUAUUUGGUUUUUUGGAUUUUUUUUUAUUAUUUGUAUUUUUUUCUUUAUUUUUAAUUUUAUGAUUUUUAAAUCUGUUACAUAUUCUUAUGACUAUGUUGAUCACAUCAAAAAUAAAAAUUUGUCUAAUACAUUCAAUUUAAGAAAUUUGCAGAAUUUUAAAUUGCUAAUAUUUUAUCUAUUAAGAAUAAAAUUAUGUAAAUUUUAUGGGAAUUUAUUUUCAUAUAUUAUUCUUGUUAUAGCCAUCUUAAAAAUUUACUUUUUUUUUUUUAUAAAUUAUUUUACUUCUUUUAUUAAGUAUAAAAAUCACUUUAUUUUAAUUACUAUUCCUAUUUUUCUUUUUGUUUUCCUUACGUCUUUAUUAAGCUCUUAUACAUUUUUUGAUUUUAGUACAAGCUUUUUAAAAUGGAUAAUGUUAUUUUAUCAUAUUCAGACAAAUAAGAAGUUUUCUCCAUAUGAAAUAUUCAAUAAAUUUAUUUUCUUCUUUUUCGUAUUUUAUAUCACAUCUAUAUUUAUAUUUAUUUUUCUAAAAAAAAAUCAAAAUACUGUUAAAAUUAAGAAAAUUCAUCAAAAUUCUCUGCCUUUUGAUAAUAUGAUUAUUGAUGAUCAUGAUAUUUUGAUAUAUUUUAAAGCUGUUUUAUUUAGUAUUGAUAAAACUUUUGAAAAAGUAAAAAUAUUAAAAGAGAAAUUUAGAAUAAAUCAAAUUAUUAAUCAAGAAUUUCAAUAUUACAAUCAAUAUUGUAAUCAUAUAAUAAUGCAAAAUGUCCUCUAUGAAAAUCAACUAAAUUCAUUAAAAUUUCAUGACUCAAAUAUUAAAGAGCCUAUUAGUCAUCAAAUUAUAAAUUUUCAAAAUAAUCCAUAUCAGAAUAUAAUGAAUAAUCAAGUAAUUGAAAGUUCUUAUAUAAAUAAUAAAACAAUAGAUAAUCAGAUGAUUAAUAAUCAAAAUAUAAAUAAUAACUAUAUGAAUGAUCAAAAUAUAAAUAAUAACUAUAUGAAUGAUCAAAAUAUAAAUAAUAACUAUAUGAAUGAUCAAUAUAUAAAUAAUAACUAUAUGAAUGAUCAAAAUAUAAAUAAUAAUAAUAUAGAUAAUCAAAAUAUAAAUAAUAAUAAUAUAGAUAAUCAAAAUAUAAAUAAUAAUAAUAUAGAUAAUCAAAAUAUAAAUAAUAAUUAUAUGAAUGAUCAUACUAUAAGGAAUCAAAUAUGUAUAGAAAAAGACAUGAAUACAAAGAUGUCUAUUGAUAAAUAUAGUAAUGAUACACAAAAAGAAGAGUAUGCAUUAUAUAACCUGAAUCAUAAUAACAUAACUAAAAAUAAUUUCAUUGAUAAUUCACUUAACUAUAGUGAAAAAGAAAUAAUAUUAAAGGUAGAUAAUAUGCAUUCCUUUUUUACAAAGCAUAUAAAUGAAAAAUAUGAUUUCAGCUUUUUACAUGAUAAAAAAGAAAAAAAUAAUAUAGUUGAUUUUUUAAAAGGGGGCAUUUAUGACCAUAGUAAUAUAAAGAAACAGAAAAAAAAAAAAAAAAAAAAAAGAAUUCAUCUGAAAAUGAUGUUAAAAAAUUUAUGCAGUGAUUUAGAUUAUAUAAAAAAAAUAAAAAUAUCAUUAACAUAUAUUAUUCUUUUAAAAAUAAAAAAAAAUAUAUUAAUCCAAAACUUAAAUAAUCUGAAUUCUAUUAAAAAAGAAUUGAAAAUAGAAUAUCAAAAUAAAUUAUUAUAUAAAAACCAUUUAUUUAAUUUACAACAAAAUUUAUUUAAAGAAAUUGAAAUAUUAGAAAAAAGAGUUUUAAUUAUGAAUGAAUUAAAUAAUGGAAUGGUUCGUGUCAUAGAUGAUAUCACUUUUUACAAAAAACAGGAAGAUAGAGCUGAUAAAAACCCUAAAGAAAUUUCUGAAAAAAAAGGAAAAUCUAAAGGAGUGUUUGGUAUACCAAUAUUACAAAAAAAAAAGGAAAAAUAA